GCAGCCAGCACCAUCGGCUGGAGACGAAGAAGAAGAAGAAGAGGAGGCGGCGAGCGCGGGGGAAGGCGAAAAAGAAAAAGAAGGGGAGAGGGCUGCCAGCAGCUCCGGGACCGACGCGCGUACCAGCCCCGGAGACCGGCUCGGGCGCGUCUGAGGCGCCGCCCGACUCUCGAGCCCAGGAGGCGGCGGCGGGCCGGGGCUGCGCGCCGGGGCCGGACCAUGGAGCGCGGGCUGCACCUCGGCGCGGCCGCCGCGGGCGAAGACGACCUCUACCUGCACAAGAGCCUGAGCGCCUCCGCCGCCAAGCGCUUGGAGGCGGCUUUCCGCUCCACGCCCCCGGGCAUGGACCUGUCCCUGGCACCGCCGCCCCGGGAGCGCCCGGCGUCCUCCUCGUCGUCGCCCCUCGGCUGCUUCGAGCCGGCUGACCCCGAGGGGGCAGGGCUGCUGCUGCCGCCGCCCGGGGGAGGCGGCGGCGCGGGAGGCGGCGGCGGCGGCGGGGUGGGCGUCCCCGGGCUGCUCGUGGGCUCCGCCGGCGUGGGGGGCGACCCCAGCCUGAGCAGCCUGCCGGCCGGGGCGGCCCUGUGCCUCAAAUACGGCGAGAGCGCCGGCCGGGGCUCGGUGGCCGAGAGCAGCGGCGGCGAGCAGAGCCCCGACGACGACAGCGACGGCCGCUGCGAGCUGGUGCUGCGGCCCGGAGGCAGCGACCCGCGGGCCUCCCCGGGCGCGGGAGGCGGCGGCACCAAGGCGGCCGAGGGCUGCUCCAACGCCCUCCUCCACGGCGGCGCCGGCGCCCCCCCGGGGGCCCCGAGCAGCGGCGGCGGCGCGGGUAGCGGCGGCGGCGGCGGCGGGGGCAGCGGCGGCAGCAAGAAAUCCAAAGAGCAGAAGGCGCUGCGGCUCAACAUCAACGCCCGCGAGCGCCGGCGGAUGCACGACCUGAACGACGCGCUGGACGAGCUGCGCGCGGUGAUCCCCUACGCGCACAGCCCCUCGGUGCGGAAGCUCUCCAAGAUCGCCACGCUGCUGCUCGCCAAGAACUACAUCCUCAUGCAGGCGCAGGCCCUGGAGGAGAUGCGGCGCCUCGUCGCCUACCUCAACCAGGGCCAGGCCAUCUCCGCCGCCUCCCUGCCCAGCUCCGCGGCGGCGGCGGCCGCGGCCGCUGCCCUGCACCCGGCGCUUGGCGCCUACGAGCAGGCGGCCGGAUACCCGUUCAGCGCCGGGCUGCCCCCGGCCGCCUCCUGCCCGGAGAAGUGCGCCCUGUUCAAUAGCGUCUCCUCCAGCCUCUGCAAACAGUGCACGGAGAAGCCUUAAACAUCCCCCCCCACCCACCCACCACCACCACCACCACCACCACCCCGCCCCGAAAAACACCAGACCGACCCCAAAGCUAGAGGACAGUGCACAGCUGCUCACCACCCCUUUUAUUUGGUCCUCUCGUAGUUGUGAAGCACUUGCAGAACAGACAAAGCGGAGGCGAGAACUGAGAAGUAUCAGAGACACUCGGGACUUCUGGCCUCGACAACCCCAGAAUCUUGGUCUUUGGGGUGGGGAGUGAGGUGAAGUUGGUAUGGAGGAUAGAUGUCUUUAUUUUUUCCUCGGAAAAGUGGCAACUUUGGUGGCAGCCUAGACCACGAGGAAGCAGUUUGCCUUUAAGGUUAAAAAACAAGUUGAGAAAUAGUCGUUAUUAAGUGUGGAGGGUAUUCCAGGGCAAAAUAGUAAUCCUACUGAUAAUUGUGAAAUUGGCUAGUGCUGAGGGGGAAAGGAGGAGUCCGGGGUUGGGUGGCUUGUGGGACGGAAUAUUCAUUCAGACAAAUCAGAAAGGGCACUUGAAAAUAAAUUUUGAUUCUGAGCCAGGAGAAAAACUUGAAAUGUAGAUUUAUUUAAGUGAAAAAAAACAAAAAACAAAAACAACAGAAAGAGACACGUUGCUAUGAAAGACUUGUAUUUUUUAUUGUCUCUGAACUUUAAUCCUGUGAAAAUGCUCAAAAGUUUUGGCAAGAGUGAUAUAAAGAAACUGACUGUGGCUGAAAGAAAUUGCAUUUAAAAAUAUUUAUGUGCACCUUGUUACUUUCCACUCUGCAAUGAUGUAUUAACGAUUCAUGGUAUUUAUUUGUUAUUCAUCAAUGACCUUUCCACAUCAACAGUAUUUAUCAUAUGUUAAGGUCAUGGGGUCUUAUGUGCAGAUUUUUUUUAAUGCCUCUAAAAUUCUGUUUUAUAGAUUAACUUAUAUUGUGUGCCAAGUGUUUAAAAGGGUUUAUUUGCCAACAAGUAUGAAGAGACAUAUUGAUGUAUCUGAGCUGCUUAGGUUUAUCAAAGGUCACCUGGAUAUCUUCAGUUGCAUCAUCCCUGUAUUUAAAUUGAGCUUUAAUAAAUUGCUUCAGUCCAAAAAUUACAGGAAAGGUGUAUUCUUAAUUGAUGAAUGAAUUGAUCUCUUUUUUUGUCCAAAAGGGAACUCUUUUGCAUUCUAAAAAGGAAAGACAUCACAGCAAUAGAUCCUAUAAGUAAGAACAUGCUAAACAAAUACUUUUUCCAGGCUGUGCUGUGCAUUUUUAAAAGGUCUAAUUUAAUUGCUUUUAAUAUAUGUGUACAUAUAUAAGUUAUUUUAACUGUGGAGAAUUAUUUAAGUUGAAAGACUGGUUUGAUUUGCCUAUGGUGUGAUAUUCUUUGUUAUUUUUCUAAAAAACAAUUAAAAAGAAAUAAAAUAAAACUAAGGAAGAGCAAGAAGCUAUUUACCCAAAGCGAGCUUUCAGUUUUAGUUUGCAUGGCUGUUUGCCUGCCUUUCUAGCCUACGAAAAUCCAGAAAACCUUUUUUAAAAAAUGGAGUCCUGCUAUUUUCCACUCCUUGCAGAUAAUACAAAUUCAGUUUGUCAGGUUGGAUGGUGAGUGGGGAGUUGUGAUGGAUCUCUUGGCGGGUUUUGGAUGUGUAAAGAAUGAUAUAUAUAUUAAAUAGGUCAAUCAGACUAUGACAGCUAUGUACGACCAUUUGUAUGUGUAUCUAUGUCAGAAAGAAUCUUUAUUAAAAUAUUUUGAUCAAACA